AUGGAAAAAAGAAAAAGAGCACACUGGACAACAAAAUAUCUUAAAAGAAUAAACUCUACAGAGGUUACGCUUAAAAGGGCAAAAUCAAACAGAUCAAAAACUCUUCCCUCUAGAGCCUCCUCCAUAGAAACAGUUCCCGUGUUCAAAAAAGAGGCAGAGACUGUUAGAGUAAGAACUCCCGACAGAGUUGUGCACACCCCAAAGCGCAAGAUAGUCUAUAUCUCCCCCAACAAAAACAUCACCAUUCCUCAGACCCCGCACGGCAGCAUUUCUGAAGAGUACAUUUCAGAGACGAGGUCCAGAAAAAGGCUCUUUUGGUAG